CCUUAUAUUCGCAACAGAAACCGUUAAUUAUGUAGAGCUGUUUACAGUGUAUUUUAUUUAUGCGUUUGAGUCAUGAUAGAGUCUUUGAAUCACUAACUUAGACGCUAUAAGACGCUUGCUGACAUAGUAUAUGGUAUAUGUUACAUACACUGUGUUUGUAAAACAGUACUUAAAAUAACAUCCAAUGGAUGUUAUGCAAUGUGCAGCUCCAUAUGUUGCACCUUGAAAUGUAUGGGGACGAAUCAUGUCAGUUUACAUACGGUACAGAACGUAAAAAUGUGUUCACAAAAUUGACGAAGAGAGAAAAGCAAAAUGCACUAAUGCAAUGAGGAGUAGAUGGGCUUAAAGCAGCAGUGGAUACUGGAGAGAUUUGUCUUGCUAGUUGCUACAAAUUUGAUUACGUUACUUUAAAAAUGUAUAGAUAUUAAGUAUUACAUUCUAGAAAAAAAAAAUGCUAAGUGCUGUAUUUCUAGGAAAGCAACAAAAUCAUUCUAUAGAUCGUUAGUUCUGAAGUAGUAGGCUAUAUUGCUUAAGAUCCCUUCGUCUUUUUGACCGGAAUGCCACUAUUUUGGACGUACUAUAUCAGCUUAGAUUUCGCAAGUUCAUUACUUUUGAUGAAACGCCAAAAUGAAUAGUGUGAUUGUGUUGGGUUUACCAUAAUCCAUUGACAGUAAAUGAAUAUUGUUUUUGAGAAUUACGUAAACAUUGGUGUAUUUCCGUAUAAAGGGUUCUUUAAAAUUCUGAGGUCGAAGUAUCAUCAUGGAUCACGACAAGUACGCGGUCCGAAAAGCCAUAAAGGAAGAUUGUGAAUCAAUUCAGCGACUAAUUCAAGAAUUAGCCGAUUACGAAAAAAUGCCGAAUGGUCCCCAACUGGACCCAAAAACGCUAGAGCAAGAUGGAUUUGGGACCCGUCCUUUUUUUGAAGCAUUCGUAGCUGUGGAGAAAGAGUCGAACCAGAUCAUUGGGUUUGCCCUCUAUUUCUUUACGUAUUCUACCUGGCAAGGAAAGUCGUUGUACAUGGAGGAUAUUUACGUACAGCUCCAGCAUCGACGAAAAGGGGUUGGUUUGUCCCUCCUUCGCUCCGUUUCCCAGGUGGCGCUUUCAGAAAACUGUGUUCGCUUGAACUUUUCCGUUUUGAAUUGGAAUUCCCCUUCCAUUGAAUUCUAUAAGUCAUUGGGUGCAUCGGAUUUGACAGAGAAAGAAGGAUGGCAUUGUUUUCGGAUGAAUAGAGCCGAAAUUGAGCAGUUAGCCCAAUGUAAAGCGUGAAACACUUGACGAAUUCUACUACAUAUUGUAAGUUAAAUAAAAUAAUAUUAUUCAUUGAUAAAAUGCCUUGAAGACCUGGGAAGUUCCCAAAGCAUUAAAAAUGGGAUGGGAUAAGUUCAUUAAUCAGUAAGAUUGUAACAUCUAAAAAGAAAUGUGUCAUAACUUCAUAGCAAAUGAUUAUCGAGCGAAGAAAGCAGUGUAAUCGGGGUUUUAAAUCAGAGUUUGCUGUUUCGUGCACCGCUUGAAACGGGAUUUGCAGUUAGUAACCACUGAAAGAUUUUACCUAAAAAAAAAUAACUAAUGAAAAAAAACUGUUUCCCUCGGAAAGACUACACGAAGGUAUCACAUAAUAACAAAAAAAGAAAAAAACAGUCAGAAGGCCCACCCUUACCCCUAACUAGUGCCAUCUGGAUUUGAGGAGCAAAAGAGUUUUCCAUAAGUUACUUUGUUAACACAAUUAUGGUUUUGUUAAAUACUUUAUAUAAUAUAUAAUAUAUACAAAUUAGUCAAUGAAUCUUGUACACGCAACGGUAAGCCCUUUAAACUAGUGCAUAAUCCUGAAAUAUCACAAGAUGAAUGCGAAGUAAGACAGAAAAUAUAAUAACAGUAAAAUAAUCAAAUGCUUUUUACGUACAACUUUACCUAGGUACAGCAAUGUGCAAGAGCAGUAGAAAUUAUGAUGAUAUCUACAGUGGCUCAGUGAUAGAGCAUCGACUGGAUAAGCUAAAGAUAGUGGGUUCGAUCCCCAAGCAACAUAUGAUAAAUGAAUGAGUACUUAAUUAAAAAUUCUCGUAUAAGCCAAUGUUUGUUCAUAUGUCUGGAAAACUGGAAAUAGAAUAAAAACUGCAAUGAAAGUCUUA